UUUGCUUUGCAUUUAGUAUUUUUUUGGGGUGCAAGACCAGUGGGAACAUUUAUUGACUUUAGAAACAUGAUGUUACUUCUGAUGCUGUCCGUGGUUUCAUUGGCACACAGUGAUGAUGACUUCUGUUAUGAUGAGGAGCACUGUGAUCCAUAUGCAUGGGGAAACAUCUACCCCUCUUGCCAUCCUCUUCUGGAGAGCCAUCACUCUCCCAUCAACCUGGACCAUCAGCUGAUGAAGAACCAAUCUUAACUGCACCUGGAGGGUUUUAAUUUGACUCAUAAAGGCCAGUGGUGGCUGACAAACCUGGGUCACUCUGGUAACGGUAUGCAGGUGAGUGGUGGAGGGCUUCCUGGGACUUACCGAACCAUCCAGCUGCAUUUCCAUUGGGGAAGUGAGUCUUCAAAUGGUUCUGAGCACACCCUGGACCACCUGAGGCUUCUCAUGCACAUAGUCAACAUCAAAUCCACACACCCAAAUUUGACAUCUGCGCUUGAAGACACAACUGGCCUUGCUGUGCUUGGAGUCUUCGUUGAUGUGACAUAUUUGCACAAUGAUAACUUCCAGUUCAUCUCAAAUGCACUUCUUUCUGUCGCCUACAAAGGACAAACAAAAUCGAUCAGACCAUUUCCUUUGAUGAAUCUGUUACCUCAGAACAACCUAACGCAGUAUUACCGUUAUCACGGCAGCCUCACAACGCCGCCCUGUUCACAGGUGGUUUUGUGGACUGUGUAUCAAGUACCCAUCUAUAUCUCAUGGGCUCAGUUCGAGCAGUUUGUAAGCGGGAUAUAUUCCACAGAGGAAGAAGCCGAUAAACAAGUCCCCCUGCAGAACAACUACUACGGUCGGCCCGUGUACGCUUCCAAAGAUGCAAAACUGCUCACCAAUGGAGUUUCCCCUCUUGCCAUUUUUAAUCUUUUUAAUGUUCUUUUAUAUAUUGGAUUUUUAAACGUUUAA